UGGAAGUAAACAAUGCCAGGUCUAGAAGCUUCAACUAUAAUAACGUGUUUUUGUAAGACAAGAAGUCGUAGUGCACAUACAUAUAACAUAUUUUAUUAAGUUGAACAUGUCUUCAGUGGAGUAUUUGAGAGAGUUUGUAAACGAGCGUCUGAGUGCUGCUGCUGGAGAAAUAUUCGGAGUUUUUGAAAAAGCAAUCGCGAAGUUCGAGGAAGAGAUAGCUCGACAGCGCAAACUGUUGGAUAUCGUUAGGCAACAUGAAAUACAAUUAUUCACGAAAGAGCUCCCUCAGCAACAUGUCUGUAAUGAGGAUGAGGUUCUCACUGACCAGCAGCUCUGUAGUCAGGAAAGGAACUCCAGUCUGGACCAAGAGGACCCAGAGCCUCUACAGAUUAAAGAGGAACAGGAGGAACUUUGCACCCGUCAGGAGGAAGAGCAGCUUGAACUAAAGCAGGAGACAGAUGUCUUCGUGGUGACUCUUACUGAUGAGGAAAGUGUGCAUAGCGGUCAGACUUGUGCAAAAGAGUCUGUAGGCAACAUGCCAGUUAUAAGCGUUGUGGUAUCAGAAGCACAAAGUAAUCUGCAGCUCAUCUCUCACAAUUCUAAUGACGCAGGGUUAACAAGAACUGCGGAUCCAGAAAUAGACAAAAUACAUCACAAAACCAAAAUGAACAAAGUAAACAACGCUAACUUGUCAGACAUGCAACGUAAUACUUGCACGGUGAAGAAUUUCAAAUGUGAAAUUUGUGGGAAAGAUUUUAAGUACAUGUCAAAAUUGCGAAGACACAUGACCACCCACACGGAUGAGAAGCCAUAUUCUUGCCAAACAUGUGGAAAAGGUUUCAGAGAAAGUAGCAACUUGAUGCAACACAUGCGAGUCCACACCGAUGAAAAGAAAUUUACUUGCAAAACAUGUGAACACAAAUUCAGAUAUAACUGUAACUUUAAGAGGCACAUGAGAAUCCACACAGGUGAGAAACCGUAUGUUUGCAUGACCUGCGGGAAAUGCUUCACUGACAUGUCAUCAUUAAAAAGGCAUAUGAGAGUCCACACAGGUGAAAAAACGUUUACUUGUAAAUCAUGUGGCAUCAAUUUCAGACGUAACGAUGAAUUAUUGAUCCACAUGAGAAGGAUUCACUGACUAGAAAAUGUAACUUUGAAUUGAAAAGGUACAUGGUUUACAUCAACAAGUAGAUUUCCAUAUGUACCCACGCAAGUGACGAGGCACAUAAAUGCAGCACUUUUUCAUCUGGAUGAAUGUUCACCAGGCAGCUACCUCUGGGACUGAGCAAUUCAACAUAUGCUAACAUGUUUAAUACUGCCAUUAACUUGCAAAGACAACUUUUAUGAUUGCGAUAUGUCAUUGUGUUGUAUUUUGCAGUGGCAUUCAAUUAUUUUUUUGGUUGCUAUUUUGGUUUUGAGGUGACAUUUGCUGAAGUUGGAAAUAAUAAUCGACAUGGUGCUUAAGGCAGUAAUAAUGAAUAGUAAUGAUGCACUUAAUGCUGUGUGAUCUAAUGUAUGUAUCUAACUAUAAAGCUUUGUUUGGUCAUCCUGUAAAAAUACCAGAUUCACCCUAAACGCUAAAGAUAUAAGCAAAUGAGGGUCAUCCAGUCUGCUGGACAUAAUAAGUAAGUGGAAGUAAGUUGUUAGUAGGUGUUUAAAUGCUGGCCACAUGGGCUUGAGCUUAAGUUAUUAUAUUAUUUAAAUACGUUGAUUAGUUUGGUCACCGGAGUUGCCUCAUAUUAAACUUUGGUAGAGCCGG